UCUCAAUGGAACAGAGACCCUGUCCUGUGAUCAGCCCAACAAAAAUCCCAAUCCUACCUGAAAUCAAUGCCACGGUCAAGGUACAGGCCGCCGUUAGGUAACCCGGCGGCAAUCGUAAGCCCACAGUUCUGCGCUCCUUACUCCGUCGAUCUAACAAUCGUGAGGAAACGGAUCCUCAACUUCGGCGUCACCGACGUCAAUGGCAACAUCAUGUUCAAGAUCAAACGCAAGUGUUUCAGCCUCGGUCAUCGCCGCACCUUGCUCGAUGCUGCUGGAAACCCCAUCCUCACUCUCCAAUGGAAGAUACUUACUGCACAUAGGAGGUGUCGAGUGUACAGGGGAGGUAGCAGAGACAAAAAAGAUCUGCUCUUCAGUGUUAAGAAGUCUUCUUUGUUCCAAUGCAAGAGAAAGUUAGAUGUGUUCUUGGCCGCAAACACAAAAGAAAAUUUUUGUGAUUUCAAGAUUAAAGGCAGUUGGUUUGAAAGAUCGUGCACCAUAUAUCUCGGAGAUACUUCAACCAUCAUUGCCCAGAUGCACAAGAAACUCAGCGUCCAAGGUGUCCUGCUUGGAAAAGAUAAUUUUGCGGUGACUGUGUUUCCGAACGUGGACUACGCUUUCAUAGUUGCUCUUGUAGUGGUGCUUGAAGAGAUCAAUCACAAAGACGUGAAAGGAUGAUGAUUGAAGUUAAUCACCUCAAGUAAAGGAAAACCUCCCGUUUAUGUUACCGUAUUUUCUCAUCUGGAUGAGGGGUUCGAUACCCUUCUUGUAUAUUAGGAAAAAUGGUCUUUGGAUAUUUAGGGAGAUUACAUAAGUUGAUCGGAGAAUCCAGUAUGUAACUGCGCGUCAAAAGAGUUCGUUUAUACAUGCUUAAUGUUGUUUUACAGAACUUGCAAUUUGAAACUGGAUAGUGUUUGGAA